UCUGAUGUCAGUGUCUCUGUAAUUUUUACAUCAUUUUCUGCUGGUUCAGUCACUGUGAUCACAGUGUUUGUCAUAGCCAUCUCCUAUACCUACAUCCUUAUCACCAUCCUGAAGAUGCGUUCCACUGAGGGCAGCCACAAGGCCUUCUCCACCUGCACCUCUCACCUCACUGCAGUCACUCUCUUUUAUGGCACCGUCACAUUUAUCUAUGUGAUCCCCAAGUCCAACUACUCCACUGAUCAGAAGAAAGUGGUCUCUGUGUUCUACAUAGUGGUGAUCCCCAUGUUGAACCCCCUUAUCUAUAGCCUUAGAAAUAAUGAGAUUAAGGGUGCUUUGCAGAGACUGCUUGGUAAGAAAUUAUUGUCAUAG